AUGUCCUCGAGCGCUCGUUACAAUGCAGUGCUCAUCAAGACGCACCUGUAUGGAAAGGGAUCUCCCCAGGCCUUUGAUCCACCCAGAAACCCAUUUGAUCAUCAGUCAGAGGGCGAUGGUCAUAAAAAUUUUGGAUAUCAUUUCCGCUGCCCUGAUGAUGAGGCAUCGAUGGCACGUGGGGUUGGUGAUGAAGCUGGCGAAUCAGUCGAGGGUUCGCCCGGGCUGCAUCAGGCCUUGCAGCUGCACUCUUAG